AUGGCAAUCGAAGUUAGAGAGAUAACAGACUCAAGCUAUACUCAAACAUUAUCAGACUUGGGUAUAAGAUUAUUUUAUGACACCUUUUUUGACGCUAAUACAGCCUCUGAUAAGCAAGCUUAUCUUGAUGAAACUGAUUCCUCCAUGUCUACAUUCAUGGCAUACAAUACAGAAAAUGAUUCGCCUGUAAGUUUUUGUCAAUUAAGACAAAACAAGGAUGUGUAUAACUUUAUUCAAGAUUCCGAUGCUAUCGAGCUUCAAAGAAUUUAUGUGGAUAAACGAUAUAUUGGUAAAGGGGUUGGUAAAACACUUUUGAACUCGAGUCUUGAAAAAGUCCGUCAAUUAUGCAAACAAGCAAUGCGGUUAGGUGUUUGGGAGCGUGAUCCUUCAGCUAUUAACUUUUAUACACGUCGAGGUUUCUAUAAAGUAGGAAGCUAUACAUUCAAAUUAGGUUCACAAGAAGAUACAGAUCAUAUCAUGAUCAAGAAACUUUAG